UUACACGAAAUCCAGACUUUUUUCUCAACCCAACCAUCCCUAAAUUUCAACUAAGUUCUCAUCCAUACUUAUCAAACAAUGAAAUAUCAACAACUAUAAAUCAGCAACUCUACUCUUCUACAAAUUUAUUAGAAUAUUCAAAAUCAGAAUUAGGCAAAGAAAAGCCCUUAAUUAUUAAAAAAGAAGAAAUAAAUUCAGAAAUAUUCCCAACAUUAACAAGAAAAUCGGGUUUAGAAGCACAAAAACAGAGGCAAAGAAUGACACUUUCAGAAUUAGAAUUAGCAUUAAAAGGAAAUGAAGAAGAAAAAGAAGAAGAGCAACAAUUAAUUUAUUCUUCUUUUGAAAGUUUAGAAAUUAAAAAAUCUUUUGACAAAAAAUCAUUGUCUCCAAGUCCUCAACUUCCUCCAAAACCUCCAAGAAAAAUAAAAUAUUUAAUUAAAGAAAAUAAAAAAGAAGAAGAAGAAAAUGUUGAAAACCCUUUGAAAGUUAAUUUUCAAAAAAAUUUGGAAAAAGAGGGAAUUUUGAUUGAAAAUAAUUUAAAGAAACAGGAGAAACAAUUUGUUGAAACAAAAAAUAUUCCAGAAAAAUUAAAAACAAAAAAUAAUAAAAAAGAAAAAACAGCAAAAACAACCAAACUUUUUGGUCUUCAAAAUUUUAAUAUUUUUGGAAUUAAACAGAAAAAAGAAGGGAAAGAUGAUAAACAAAGAAAUGAAGGUAGGAAAGAAAAAAAUAAUUUAAUUGUAAGAUCUUGA